AUGGCGACCCGUACUCAAUUCGAGAACUCUUCGGACAUUGGCGUCUUCGCCAAGUUGACCAAUGCGUACUGCCUUACCGGUCUCAGCUCCUCAUCCAACUUUCACUCUGUAUUCGAAGCAGAACUAGCCGAUGUCAUACCCAUCAUCCACACCACCAUCGCUGGUACUCGUAUAGUCGGCCGAUUGACCGCUGGAAACCGACAUGGACUCCUCGUUCCAUCCACGACGACAGAUCAAGAAUUGCAACAUCUUCGAAACGCUCUUCCUCCGGCCGUUGCGAUUCAACGAGUCGAAGAGAGGUUGAGUGCUUUGGGCAAUGUCAUUGUCUGCAACGAUUAUGUCGCGCUUGUCCACCCGGAUAUAGAUAGAGAGACCGAGGAGAUUAUCGCGGAUACUUUGAAGGUUGAGGUGUUCAGACAGACCGUGGCGAACAAUGUAUUGGUAGGCAGUUAUUGUGCAUUGUCAAAUCAGGGCGGUCUAGUACAUCCCAAAACGCCUCGUGCAGAGCUUGAUGAACUCUCUUCCCUACUUCAAGUGCCGUUAGUAGCAGGUACAGUCAAUCGAGGAUCAGAAGUCAUCGGCGCAGGCGUGGUCGUCAACGAUUGGUGUGCUUUCGCCGGACUAGAUACCACUGCCACGGAAAUCUCAGUGAUCGAAGCGACUUUCAGAUUACAAGGUCAAACGUCGGCUGCUGUGAUCAACGAAAUGAGAGAUUCUCUCAUCGACCACUAUGCUUAG